AUACUUUUUAAAAAAGAAAAAAAAAAUCUUUCUUAGUCCAUAUAUGGGAACCCCAAUACCAAGCAUUCAUCUUUCUUCAAAGCAGACAAAAGAAACACCUCUCUGUUCUGCCAUGAUUAGAGAAAGACUCAUCUUUGUUUUGCUGCUUAUCACCCAAAUAAUUUGCAAUGCUACGGAAACAAAUCACUGUCCUCCUUCUUCAUGUGGGGAUAUCCACAACAUUAGUUACCCUUUCCGAUUACAAACUGAUCCAAACCAUUGCGGAAUACAUGGAUAUGAGCUUUCUUGUGAAAAUAAUAUCACAGUGUUGAAUCUAUUCAGAGGAAGAUACUAUGUGCAGGCCAUCAACUACGAUAACUUCACUAUCCGACUGGUGGAUGAUGGCAUCAACCCAGAUGAUUGCUCCUCCAUUCCUCGUUUUCCUUUAACUCCUAGCAACUUCUCGGAGGGAGAUGAUCGAUACUUCAGAUUGUAUUCAAUAACCAUAAUUAGUUUCAUAAAGUGCCCAAAUCCAGUGUACUCCCCAUCUUACCUGAACUGUUCUACUUGCAUUAAUGGAGGUUCUGCUUUGAAGACAUUUACUUAUGCGAAGAUUAUAGAUGAAGAUACCAAGGUAUCUGAUUUGAUGGAGUUGUGCAGCGUGGAGAUGAUAUCUUUGCUUCCAGAUGAAAAGGCUUUCGAGAACAAGGAUAAUAAUAAUAUAUCCUGCGUUGAAAUUCACAGGCAACUUGCAUAUGGGUUUGAGCUUUUCUGGCGCUACUACCCUUUGCCAAUCCUCCUGGACACUAAUGACCACUUCAGUAUACAUGAUCUGCUGAGUGCAUUGACGUAUGGAAUCAGUACGAUCGUCAAUGCAAUCGAAUUUGAGUACCCAUCGACAUUCAUUGUUAUUGAACACACGACACACAUGAAAACCUUGUACUUCUAUAAACGUAACUCUUGCGUUGUCUCUCUUGACUGCUUCGUAAAUGCAGGAAAGUUUUUGGGUGGAAGAGCUUUGUUUGGACUUCCAUUUGUAAUUGCUUUUCUUGUAUUCAAAUGGCGAAGGAAACAUCGGUCGGAAUAUGACACAAUUGAGGAAUUCCUACAAACCCAUAAUAACCUUUUGCCGAUAAGAUAUUCUUACUCGGACAUUAAGAAGAUUACUAGAGGUUUCAAGGAAAAGUUGGGAGAAGGAGGCUUUGGUUCUGUGUAUAAAGGAAAGCUUCGUAGUGGUCAAUUUGCUGCAGUGAAAAUAUUGGAUAAAUCUAAAGCUGAUGGACAAGAUUUUAUUAAUGAAGUUGCUACUAUUGGGAAGAUUCACCAUGUUAAUGUGGUAAAACUAAUUGGUUUUUGUGCCGAGGGAUCAAGACGAGCUCUUAUAUAUGAAUUCAUGUCUAAAGGAUCUCUUAAUAAUUAUAUUACUUGUCAUGAAGGAUCCAUUUCUUUAAGUUGGGAAAAACUAUAUGAGAUAUCCCUUGGAGUUGCUGGUGGCAUUGAAUAUCUACAUCGAGGUUGUGACAUGCAAAUCCUUCAUUUUGAUAUCAAACCUCACAACAUUCUUUUGGAUGAAAAUUUCACUCCAAAGAUAUCUGAUUUUGGGAUUGCUAAAUUUUAUCCAACCAAGGGGAGCAUUCCAUCUCUUACAGCUGAAAGGGGAACAGUAGGAUAUAUGGCACCAGAGAUAUUCUAUAGAAACAAAUUCUACAAAAACAUUGAACGUGUCUCAUAUAAAGCAGAUGUGUAUAGCUUUGGACAAUUGGUGUUAGAAAUGGCGGACAGAGAGAAGAAAGUAAAUGCAUUUGUUGAAAGUUUAAGUGACGUUUACAGUCCAUAUCGGCUUCAUGACCAACUCUCUAGUGGAAACUUACCAAUAGAAGAUAUAGAAAAGGAGGAAAAUAUAAAAGCUAGGAAAAUGAUGAUAACAGGAUUAUGGUGCGUACAGUUUCAACCUUCUGAUCGUCCUGCAAUGAACAAAGUUAUAGAGAUGCUUGAAGGAGAUUUUGAAAGCCUACAAAUGCCUCCCAGGCCUGUUCUAUUUCCUGCAGAUUCAAUGAUUACGGAUGGGGGAAGAUUGUCAUUAACAUCAGAUGAGUUUACAGAAUCAAAUAGCUUGGCUGAAAAUUCGGGAGGACACAUAGGAAAUAUUCUGCUCAGUGCAGGGGAAGGCCAACAUGCCACCCGUUGAAAGAGUAGUCUUUCCAUUUUAAAUGGUAGAACAGAAAUCUUCUUCAUCUUGCAUCCUUUUAAAUUGCUGUAAACACUAGAGUUGAUUAAUGACUUGAUGAUAGUUUGUAAUGAUUCUGUUUUUAACUUGCAAGUGCAAGCUACCUUUAUUUGCAUCGUAUUUGUGGUUCUUCUAAACCUAAUGAUAAUGCAUUUGCAGAUGUUUCACUAUUUGUUGGUUUUGUUUUUCCAUGCAGCGAUUGCUUCUUAAGCUUUAAGCUCCAAUAUCUAAUCAUCACUUCUAA